GGGCCUAUGUCAAGGCCGUACGCGAGUGAGUUUGCAAACUUCAGACUGCAGUUUGGUUAAGUAUCGAGUUUUACAGUGCACGUUGUCAUUGGCAUAUUUAUUAAGACAGGUUUUUAGGCGGUGUCAUCGACGGCAAUUGUCAAAUAACAGCACACAACAGCUGUCCAUGUGUAGGUGCCUAAUAGUCUAACGACUUUACCGUUGUUUACGUAGAAUCGACUCGCCAUCGGGGUACUCGGAUCGGGAAGACUGUGUCUCGAGUUGACAUCACACUGACUGUUGCUGAUCUUUCCUAGGAAGGAGUUUGCAGACCCGAGAGACUUACAAAGAUACUGAGGUACAUCCAAGAUGGCGGACUCGAAGCAUGAAGAAGCGGGGGAGGGAAGUAAGCUGUGGGGUGGCCGGUUCACCGGGGCAACAGACCCGAUCAUGGAGAAGUUCAACGCCUCCAUCUCCUAUGACAAGAGGAUGUGGAAGGCUGACAUUGAGGGAAGUCAGGCGUAUGUGAAGGCACUGGAGAAGGUGGGCAUUGUGACGGCAGCCGAGAGGGACUCCAUACUUGGUGGCUUGGAGAAGGUUAAGGAGGAGUGGCAGAAAGAUGAGUUUGAGUUGAAGCCAGGGGACGAAGACAUCCACACUGCCAAUGAGAGGAGGCUCAAGGAGUUGAUCGGUGCAGCAGGAGGCAAGCUGCACACGGGCCGGAGCCGCAAUGACCAGGUGGCCACGGACAUGAGGCUGUGGAUGAGAGAUGCCCAGCUGCAGCUCCGCACUUACCUCACCGACUUCAUCAGCGUCAUCCUCAACAGGGCUAAGUCAGAAAUUGACAUCUUACUACCUGGUUACACACACCUACAGAGAGCACAGCCAAUCAGAUGGAGCCACUGGUUGCUGAGCUAUGGGUGGAUGUUGCAGCGAGAUCUGAAGAGACUUGACCAGCUGAGGGAGAGAACAGCAGUUUUGCCCCUUGGCAGUGGUGCGCUGGCUGGGAAUCCGUUUGAUGUUGACAGAGACUUCCUUGCUAAAGAACUUGGCCUUGGGGAUGUGACAGGAAACAGUUUGGAUGCAGUCAGUGACCGAGACUUUGUCGUGGAGUUUCUGUUCUGGGCGUCGCUGCUCAGCACUCACCUCAGCCGCUGGGCGGAGGACCUCAUCCUCUACUCCACCAAGGAGUUCAGCUUUGUGACGCUGUCGGACGCAUACAGCACCGGGAGCAGCCUGAUGCCCCAGAAGAAAAACUCGGACAGUUUGGAACUAAUCCGUGGAAAGUCGGGAAGACUUUUUGGAAAUUGUUCGGGGUUCAUGAUGUCCCUGAAGGGGAUUCCCAGCACCUAUAACAAGGACCUGCAGGAAGACAAGGAGGCCAUGUUUGACACCUAUGACACCCUGGCUGGCAUUCUACAGGUGGCGACGGGUGUCCUCUCUACCCUCAAGAUCUACCCUGAUUCCAUGAGCGCAGCGCUCAGCUCUGACAUGCUGGCAACUGAUGUGGCCUACUACCUCGUCAGGAAAGGGGUUCCGUUCCGUGAGGCCCACUCAUUGGCUGGCGGCUGUGUGGCGCUGGCGGAGAGGAAGGGCUGCGUCAUGGAGAAGCUCCUCUUGGAAGACCUCAAGACUGUCAGCCCUCUGUUCGAAAGUGAUGUGGCCAAUGUGUGGAACUAUGAGAACUCGGUGGACCAGUACACAGCCUAUGGUGGAACCGCCAAGUCGAGUGUGGAGAAACAGAUCUCGAACCUGGAAACCUGGCUCCAAAGUUGCCGACUAUAACCAUCAUCAUGUGCCAAGGUUAAAAGUUCAGAUGAUAUAUUUUUUUCUUAGGAUAAACUUUUAGUUUUCGUUCAUCUUGAUACCUUCAGUGUGACCUUUGUCGUGGGUCACUGUUGGUCUUGUUAAGCGUUGAUUCCCAAAUUGAAACAAUAUAUUAACCCAGAAAUCUCAAAGUAAAAGAACCCACAAAUAACCAACAUGUGGUAUAAAUCUACAAAUGUAUUACAAAAAUUCACUAGGUUUUACAAAUCAACACAAAUUACUACACAGCAAUUACAAUGGCAGUACACAAUAUAGUGGUAGUACAAUAUUCAAUGGCAGUUCACAAUAGAGUGGUAGUACAAUAUUCUAUAACAGUAUAAUAAUAUGAUGGCAGGGGUCAGUAUCAAAUACAAAAAAUACAGUGGUGAAAGCAAAAGUCAGUGAUAAUAUAUAUAUUCACCAACAGCAACACUAGUCAAGCUUCAGUUAUGGGCAAGGCAGGGAAUCAGGGAUGAUGAGCGAUCCUCACAUGAAAGCUGGUUCUGAUGUGAUGAAAAUGUGUGAGUGAUACACAAACACGCUCUUGUCGGCUUAUGAAGGCUAACCAGCUACUGGAAAUUUCCACAUGGUGCCCUCUCAACAUAAAACAUUACAGAAAUUUUGGUAACAUACUAUCACCGUCCACGGUAUACCGGACCGGAAGUUUACACACUGCACUAGCAUCUAAAUAUAGUACCUUCCUGACGACUGAUCACUGUCCAAGCACAAUGCAAUGAGCCUCUACCGAAUCUCAACAGAAACAAUGUAACACAGUUACAAUCAUUGUUUAACAAUAAAAUACACUGCCAUAUUUAUAACAGUCUGUUUAUCCUAGGAAUACACUAUGGGAGAGCUCUGUGUAUCAGUCCAUAUCAACAAUGUUUACAGGGAAAAGCACAGAGAUGCUGUUACCACAGCUAUGUCUAUCCCAGAAGCUGAAACACUUUUCUCUUCCUAAACUGAUAAAGGCAAUGGCUUGAAGAUGUGUGUGAGUGGGGGAAAUGAUUACCCCCAGUUUAAGUGGAACGGCUGUAUGCUUAUGGACGUCAGCAUGAAGGACCAAUGUACUAUGAUAAGUCUCCAGGGCACACGGACAAUUGACAAGGAAGGAGUUUAUUCAAACCAAUCACAACAAGUGUUUUCACAUGCUAUUUUCGUAAUUACUUUGCCUGUGGUAGUGUUUACUUUGUUAAAAAGUCUUGUUGUUUAUUUCAGUAAUUUUCAUAUUGGUAAUGAAUAGGGGUGAAACGGUACAUCGGUACACAGGUGCAUCAUGAGUUUUCAUGCAAUGAUAUGAUACGUUUUUCUUUCUAUGUCCAUACAAGUCAAUACACUUGCUAAAAUAAAUUACUUACUACUUGUUUAAUGACCCCCACGCCAACCCCCCCCCCCCCAUCCACAACCACACCUCUACCCCCACCCAGGCGUUUUGGUCAGUCAAAUAUUACUAAAAAUAGCCGCUACAUACAUGAAUCUAUAGCUAGCUCUUCCUUUGGAACCUGCCCUGAAAUAUUUAUAGUCAAGAAGUUUCCAUGCGUGACCUGUGUAUCGGGAUAAACAUCGUGCCUUGACCUUGCUGCAUCGUUUCACUCCUAGUAAAUAACAUGUACUGACAUUAAUCUUGUCUUGUUGGGUUAGCUUAGAAAGGUGAGCUUCAAUACCUUGGCGCUGUUUUUGUUGUUGAAGUUUGUUAUCUCAACAGAAUGAGAACCGAGAACAUUUGUAUGAGGACCAAAUAGGGUAUUUUAUUUGCGCUUAUUCAGCAUUUUAUUAUCAAACUCCCGUCUCUGUGUAUAACUACAGUAUGUUUGAUUGUUAAGAGGCAUACAAUGUCAUUUUUUAAAUUAUAACUUCGCAUUCCUGUGAUUUGUUUUUGUACUUGUACUUAAUUUACUGCCAUCGUUUUACUUCCAAUGUUUAAACUGCUGUUUGCUGUAUCAUCUUUCCCAGACGUUAAUCUUGGCUUAUAUGAGUUACACGUCAUAUGCAUCGUGGAGAUAUAUUCGGCACAUAUACUGUGUCUAAAUGGCUUUCAUUGCUGAUCAGAUCAUGUGAUAUUGUUUUUAUUAUUGAUUACAUGUUCACGAUCUGUUUAGUGAUUAAUUGCUUGCGAUUUGUGUUCAUGAUUAAAUGCUUGUAAAUUGUUUAAUAAUUAAAUGCUUGUGAAAAAUAUGAUCAUUUAAUGCUUGUGAAUUGUUUUAUGAUUAAAUGCUUGUGAUGUGUUAAUUGAUUAAAUGAUUGUAAUUCUUUUAAUGAUUAAAUGUCUGUAAUCUGUUUAAUAGUUAUAUGCUUGUGAUCUGUUUAUUGAUUAAAUGAUUGUUAUUUGUGUUUUGAUUAAAUGCAUAUGAUUUGUUUUACAUUGGUGAAGCCUGCCACGUGUGCAUCAUAUGUACAAAGACAGCUGUGAUGGUUAAAUGUAUUAAUAAACAAGUUGAGAGGCAA